UAGGUAGCAAAAUUGGCUUGCAUCCUAAACUAAAGACACUUGCACCAAUAUCACCAGCUGUAGGUUCUUACGAUCCUCGACCGAUCGAUCAUAAAUCCAUAAUUAUUAGGUAAAACGCAAACUCAGUUUUUUCUCGAAAUCUUUCGGGAGUUACUAAUAAGUAGGACAAACUACGUUACAGUUGGCAAAAGCAACAAGAAGUGGAAGAAUUUUCCGCCACAAUGGGUGGUAGAUUGACAAAGAAAAUUAUGGGCCAGAGCAACUUGAUGAAGACUGAACAUGGACCAGGUAGUCACGAAAUAUAUCGUUGGCCGGAAAGAGCCGUGGAGGCGCCUUGUAAAAGUUUGCGAAUGGAUGCUGGUUUCGGAACCAUUCCAAGAUUUCUACAAAGUUAUAAAUCCACUACACCCGGGCCAGGAUAUACAUUGAGAACGCACAAUCCUUUUUUCUACUUGGAUCAGAGAAGGCAAAAAGGUUUCUCUGAUAUACCUACAUUCGAGUUCGACAAUUUAGCACCUAGGUUCCAAGAAACUAUAAAAACAUGGUCUCUACCAUGCACCAGAUAUAGAGUAAAACAUCCAAAUUCGUUGCAAGUCUUCCUUGAGAAGAUCACUAGCAAAAGGGGACCUUAUGAUCUCUUUACAGGACCAAGAGAUGAGACUACUAUUAAGGGACACUGGGCAUAUGCAAAAUUAGAAAAACAGAUUGAUUGGCCACAAAAAUUGCAGGGUGAAGUGGAAAAACUUUCUAGCAAAUGCAACUAUUUUAAAGGAAAAUGGUCUACCAAUCCUAGAUUCACGAAGAAACCGGUUACAAGGAUGCUAUUACAAGAUAUCAACACGUGUUACAAAGACCCCGAUGAGCCGGGACCUGGUCAUUACAAUCCUCAAACGCCGCAAAAAUUGAGUACACUCAAAAGAUAUCCAUUUGAUAGCAAUGUAAAACAUGUACGGCCCAUUCCGCCAAGGGAUAUUCAUCCUGGACCACAAAGAUACAAAAUUAAACAGGAAUAUCGUGUGAAAGGAUACGGAUGGACAUGCGUUUUUAAAAGCAAAGUGCCUAGGACGAUUGAUUUCGUUACUUCGCCGUUGUAUAAUUAA